UUCUGUACUGCGAUGUGAUGCUGGAAGUGUUUGCACUUGUCUCAUGUGCAGAUUGUUGGCAUAAAAUGGAUGAUGAGGAGGUCGGUCCGGUACCUUUCGUAUCUAUACAAGGAGAGUCACAGGUCAGAGCUUCUAAGACAGCUCCAGCAACCCAGAGGACCCAUCUGUGUAAGCGGUGUUUCUCAUUGUUCAAAGACAUUCUGCACCUGACUGAGUCCCAAGCAGCAGACUUUGAGCAGAAAGCCUUCUUCAGUGAUGCUUGUGUGAGAGACUUCUGUUUCAGUGCAAACCCUCACCAGCAACAGAGGGAUUCCAGUGUAGAGAAGAUCUGGAAAGAAGACAUGGACAGGGCCUCCUUUGUGACCAGGUGCAGCUUCUAUUUAUCUUGGGUGCCUUCAACUAAUAGGGAGGUUGGGAAAGUCUUCCCAGUCACCUCAGGGCUUCCCCAGCACCAAGCCCCUCUAAACACUGAAAAGCCACACAGUGGAAGUGAGAUUUCACAGGAGUAUCUUGGUGGAAAAAGUUUUCAGCAGACUUGCAACUGUGAGAAAUUUGGCAGCCAAAACCAGAAAGUUGUUCAGCAUCAGGGUGCCUGCUCUGGAGAAGUGAAAUAUGAGUGUGACAAAUGUGGGAAAGUUUUUAAACGAAUCUUUCACCUCGUUCGACAUGGAAGAAUCCACACUAGGGAAAAGCCCUAUGAGUGUACUGAUUGUGGGAAGUCCUUUGGACAAAGGUCCGACCUCAUUUCACACCACAGAGUUCACACUGGAGAAAAACCCUAUGAGUGUAGUGAUUGCAGAAAGUCCUUUAGGCAAAGCUCUCAGCUCACUGAGCACCACCGUGUUCACACUGGAGAAAAACCCUAUGAGUGUACUGAUUGUGGGAAAUCUUUUAGGAGAAAUAGUAAGCUGCUUAACCACAAGAGAAUUCACACAGGAGAAAAGCCCUAUGAGUGUAUUGAUUGUGGGAAAUCUUUUAGGAGCAACAAUACGCUCGUUAACCACAAGAGAAUUCACACUGGAGAAAAACCCUAUGAGUGUACUGAUUGUGGUAAGUCUUUCAGGACAAGCAGUGACCUCUCUGAACACAAGAGAAUUCACACUGGUGAAAAACCUUUUGAAUGUAGUGAUUGUGGGAAGUUCUUUAGACUGAAGUCUACCCUUACUCGACACCACAGAGUUCAUACUGGAGAAAAGCCUUUUGAGUGCAGUUAUUGUGGAAAGUCCUUUAGACAUAGACCUACGCUCAUGGACCACCACAGAACUCAUAAUAGAGAAAAGCCCUAUGAGUAUACUGAUUGUGGGUAGUCCUUUGGACAAAGAUCCUACCUCAUUUCACACCACAGAGUUCAUACUGGAGAAAACACAUAUGAGUGUAGUGAUUGUGGGAAGUUCUUUAGACGAAAGUCUAACCUUAUUCAACACCACAUAGUUCAUACUGGAGAAAAGCCGUAGGAGUGUAGUGAUUGUGGGAAGUUCUUUAGAGAAUGAAGUCACACUGAAGAAAGGCCUCAUGAGUGUAGUAAAUGUAGGAAAUGUUUUAACAGCAAACUUAGCCUUGUUAGACAUCUGAGAGUUCACAUUGGAGAAAAGGCUUAAAUGUGGAGGGCACGUUUUAUCUUUCUCUACAACACUGCAGGAGAGUUAAAUCCAUUUACCUGAGUAUAAACCGCUUUUAUCUGAACGUACACCGUGCGAAAUUCCUCAUAAGUUUGAGGUACAAGUGAGGCUUGAAGGAGCUGCAUUGCACUUGCUAACUUCUGUGAACUCGUACCUCAUUGAUGUCACUGCGAGUAUUUGUGGAUGAAAUAAUCUCACCACCUGGCUCACCUGAACAGUGUGCAUCAGUCACCACCCCUGUGUGCUCAGUGAAGAGGAAUUCUGUGUUGUCCCUUGUGCUUGAGAAAUUUAUGAAUACUUUCAGCUCUUAGCUAUAUCUUCAUUCCUUACUCUCUGACUAGAAAAUUGACCUGACCCAGGUUUUGUCCAGAGCCCCCAAUCUUAACUAAGAAGUGCUGCCUCUUCCAGGGACAUUGUGGUUCUCACUUUAUGCUGUGAUGAAUUGUUUCAGGUUCCUAUUCACCAUCCUGCAAACCUCUUGCUGUCCUCUGCUCUGGUUUAUGAUCUUUUUGUAAAGGGUUUUUUUCUUUUCUACCUUUAAUUGUUUUGAUUCUUUUAAUUCCCCGGAAUGAUUGAAAAAAAAAAAAUAGUCCUCUGUCAGCAUGGAGAGGUGAACAGAUACGGUGGAGUCCCAGACUUGUGCUAUGGAAGGCACAGCAUGAUUUCAGAACAACACUCUUUGUCCAAUAUUGGCUUCUUUUGUGUUGCUGACCAAGGCACUGAGAGAAAGUGUGCAUGACUUUGUGGUUCUAAUUUGAAGCCUGGUGCCUCUAUUAUUGGUGAUGUCAUGGUCACCCAGAAAAGGAGGCCUUUGUUGUGCUUAGUCACUUUCUCUGUUCUCAGCAUUUAUUACAUAAUUCUCAGCAGUGUUUUGGGGGAUUCUUACCCAUCUACAGUAGAGGAGCCAUGUGCCAUAAUGUACAAAAUUUCAUAGACUGGUGUCAUUUGUUGUAAGACACUGAGAUUUAGAUUGAACCACAAUUAGACAGGAACACUGUGUUCAUAGUGAGUGGGAAACACUGGAGUAAAUUAGAUGAAAAGUGCCUCUUCUCAACGUUAUCCCCAAAUGGUCAGUGGGUUGUGGCUUGUGUGAUCUUUGUGUACAGACAUUCUCAAGACCUUCAUCACUGUCUCCUGUGGCUGAAAUAAGUGGCAGAAAAAAUAAUGUGAUAGUUUUUUGGAUUCCC